GUUGGCUCGGGCCAUUUGUGUUUGUGCUGGUCACUGUUGGCUUGUCAAUGGUACCAGGUCUGUAGUAUUCCUAUGGUGAUGGUCCGUAAAGUUAUCAAACAUUCUUCAUUGAAGUCCAACGGUUCGAACAAAAGGUCCGACUGUUGCGAAACCCUCAGCUACCUAGCAACAAACUACUUCCUCGCGGGGAUCAUAUGAAGUUUGGCGACGAUCGGCCGCGAAAGGUUGAACACCUGCGAGGGGACAUCCGGCCGCAGGAGGGUGAACAGCCGCGAAAGAAAAAAAACUGCGAUGCAAAGAAGAUAAGAUCAGCAUCGAGAGCGCGAUAUUUAGUUGCGAAAGGAUCACCAGCCACAUGUUGAUGAACUGCCACGUGGGGGCGAUCUGCUACGUGUUGAUGGUGAUGAUCAGCCUCGAGCAGAUGAGAACUGCGUGCAGGCGAGCAGAUUCGAGAUGGCAUUCGGGAUGGUCAUGAUCAGUUGUGCGAGAUCGGGCUGCGUUGCGAAGACGAUCGUCCACGAUUGCAUGAUGCUCAGCUGCGAGGGGAUGAGCAGCCACAUGGUGACGAUUCGGGGAUGGGACGAAGAGCCAAGAGACGAGAACCUGCCGCGUGAUCAUGAACAGCAGCUAGGAGAUGAUCAGCCUCGUGAUGUUGUCGCACAGCCGCGCGAUGAUGCACAGCCGCGUAAGCACGAGCUUCGGCCGCGUGAAGACGAGCUUCGUUGUGAACACAUGCAGCCACGUGUACACGCUGUUCGUGUACGAGAAAAUGCCCAGCCACACGUGGAUGAACAAUUGCGUGAAGACGAUGAGCCACGAUGUGAUGAUCAUCCGCAAAUCGAUGAAGACGAGCUUCGUAGUGAUUUGAUUAUCAGCUCCGUUGCAAUGAUGAUCAGUCGCGAGACACUGAACUACAGCAAAAUGGAGAGUUUCCGUGUGAUGAUGCCUGGCCUAGGGUACAUGAUGUCUUGUUGCGAGAGGACGGUCAGCCCGACGUCCGUGAAUCACCGCGUGAGGACGAUCAGCCUCGAGCCGAAGACCACCCGCGAUGAGGUGAACAAUUGGGACAGUAGCCUUGUGUUGUUGUUCCGCACCGAGUGGAUGAACCAGACGGGGAGGACACGACCGGUCAUGUGCAGGUGCGCUGCACAUCUGCCCACGGUGAACAUAGUUGUCGUCUACCAUGGAUGGCGGCACGAUAGGGCAUCGAUCUCUGGCAUGUGUCGGCAUUUGGGGCUCUCCAUUUCUGAGGCGCAUCUGCAACAUGUCCUUGACAGCGACUAGGAACAGGGUUUGCUGAUGGCUGGCCUUGCAGAAAUGGCGGCAGCAGCUGGACUCUUGACCUUGACGAACGAAGUGAAGCCAUGGAUUCGCAAGGCGAGGUGCGACCUAUAAGCGCCGUGGCAUGCAGCGGCAACUAUCCAAUGAACGGUAGGCGGCAGAUGUGAUGGCCAGCUUGGUAGUUCAAUGUGACAAACGCCAGUUUGGUAAUUAAAUGUUGUGUAGUGCGUUGAGGUGCGCUGUGAUGUAUCAGAUAUGUUGUUGGCAAUCGGACGGCUCCCGGUUCUUAUGACUGCGCACCACCGCCACCUUCUCGGUGUCGUCAUCCGUCUCGCGCUCCUCCGCUCCUCCUGGAAG